AUGGGCAGUGUCAGCAGCCUCGUCAACGGCAACAGCCUUAGCAGCAAACACUGCAAGGCAUCUGAACAUACAUUAAAAAAGAGAAUAAGUCCUCAUAGAAAAAGUGGAGGUUGCAGCCUCGAUGAGUUACUGAAGUGUGGCUUCACUCAGGGCUCCUCGUCCACCACUCAGCCCUCCAAAGGCCUGUCGCACUCCCGGUCAGGUCGAAGUGAAGAUUUUUUUUACAUCAAAGUGAGCCAUAAACAGAGGUCAAUGUACCACAGAGAAGCAUCCAUGGAAGAACAUGCAGGUGGAAAGAACAGAGAUGGGGAAUCAGAUAGACGACUGCAACCCAAACUUUUGCUCAUGUCUGAAAGGACCUCUGCUGAGAAGUCAUUGGUCCGUUCCACUGCCUUCAAGCCUGUGAUUCCCAGGAGCACAUCCUCUACAGACACAGGCCACAAAAGCCUUGACAUCCUUUGUCCUCUGGAGAAAGCAAGGAGCCCCGAUAUCAGACACAAGCAAGACACCUUCUCAGGGACUCUCUCCGACUCUGGACGUAACUCUAUGUCUAGCCUGCCCACCCACAGCACCAGCGGCAGUCUAAGUGCUUCCACGGGCCCUGUCAGUCACAGUGAUGGCAGCUCAGCUCCCGCAAACAGCCUCAGCAAGGGAGUACAACCCAAUUUCCCUCCAUGGGUCAACGGGAAUAGCACUAACCUUGACUGUAGCUACAGGGCUUGUCUAAACAGCGAAGGGUUGGCAUCUAAGGCUAAUGGGGACGCUGGCUCCCCGCUUUCUACAGAUGAGCCAAGCGCUCUCUCUGAAACUGCAGGUGGGAUUCGGUCCCCCAUUACCACAGAUGAGUCACUGAUUGAACGUUUGGAACAAAGGCUGCUGGAGAGAGAAACUGAACUGCAGGAGUUACAGGGGAGUUUUGAAGACAAGGAGGCAGACACGUGCCAGCUGUUUGAGGAAAGACAAAGGUACUGUGCAGAGGAGAUGGAGGGGCUGAAGCAGCGCUGCACCACAAAGCUACGGCAGGUGUCCCAAAUGGCUGCAAAAACCCAGCAAUCACUCCAGCUGCAGGUCAGCCACCUCCAGGCGGAGAAGGAGAGGCUUCAGGAUGAUGUCUCAAAGCUAACCCGAGAGAAGGAUCUUAUUGAACUCAGACUCAGGUCUUAUGCGACAGAGAGCACACAGCUCGCACCGACACUGGAGGAAACUCAAUGGGAGGUGUGCCAGAAGACAGGGGAGAUCUCAUUGUUGAAGCAGCAACUGAGAGAUUGCCAUGCAGACGUCAACCACAAGUUAAACGACAUAGUCUGCCUCAGAGCAUCACUGAAAGAAAACACAGCAAAGAUGGAGAUGCUCGAGAGACAGAAUAAAGACCAUGAAAACCAACUGCGCUCUCGCACCAUAGAGGUUGAGGUGUGCCAAAAUGAACUCCAGCGCAAGAAGAAUGAGGCUGAUUUGCUGAGAGAGAAAGUGGGCAAACUGGAGGAAGACAUUCAGGGAAUGAAACAGGAUCUUACCAUGGCCAAAGAGCGGAGGCUGCAGCACAAUUUGAAACUUGAGGCCCAGACCCAGGCCUUGGAAAGACAAAUCCAAGGCUCCGACAGCCCCGCCCAGGGCCAUGGGGAUGAGAGCAGCAGACACAAUGCCACAGAAUCACUCCAGAGAGAAGUGGAGAGACUGAAGCUGCAGCUCAGUGAGGAGAAGGACACACAGGAGAGGCUGGCUCACAGCUUUGAGCAGGAGAGACUAACAUGGAACAAAGAGAAAGACAGGGUCAUCAAGUACCAGAAGCAGCUCCAGAUCAACUACCUGCAGAUGCACAAGAAGAACCAGGACCUGGAGAGGAUCCUGAAGGAAGUGACUGCUGAACUGGAAAGCCGGACAGAGCUCGGCAUGGAUAUAAACUACAGUUCAGGGUUACAAACGUAUGACGACGUUAUUGCAACAGAGAUUUAA